AUGGCCAACCUCUUCUGUUGCUUAUGGAGUUUCCCUUGCUUCCUCGCCUUCCUGUUUCUUCUUCAUUAUGUUAAUUCAAUUCACUUUAAGAUAUCUCGUUUCGACCCUGAGGCAAUUGACAUUGUCUAUGAGGGAGAUGCACGACCUUAUGUUGGUGCUGUAGACUUUAACAGCGUAUCUUAUCUGUGUCGUGUUGGUCGAGUUUCCUAUGCCCAGAGUGUGCCAAUCUGGGACUCUGGGACUGACAAGGUUGCCGACUUCAUCACUCAUUUCUCCUUCAUUAUUGAUACUCUAAAUCGUUCUACUUCUCUGUAUGCAGCGGGGCUUGCUUUCUUUCUUGCUCCCGUUGGAUUUGAAAUCCCACCUAAUUCCGCGGGUGGAUUUCUAGGCUUGUUUAACACCACAACAAGUGAUUCACCUCGGAACCAAAUUGUUCUAGUUGAGUUUGACACUUUCCCCAACCCUCAAUGGGAUCCUCCAGUUCAGCAUGUGGGGAUCAACACUACUUCAAUUUCUUCAGCUAAGUACACCCCAUGGAAUUUUAGUUUGUACAGUGGGAAAACUGCUGAUACAUGGAUUUCUUAUAAUGCUACUACUAACAAUUUGAGCGUCACAUGGAAUUAUCGAAACACUACAUUUUCUCAACUCAACUUCAGUCUUUCUCAUCAUAUUGAUCUGAAGCAAAUCUUACCUGAGUGGGUCAAGGUUGGAAUUUCAGCUGCUACAAGUCAUUUUCAAGAGGGGCAUCGACUUGUAUCUUGGGAAUUCAGCUCGAGUUUAGAAAUAAAGAAAACAAAAGGAAAGAACGUAAAAAACAUCAAAUUGAUCGUAGUCCUAUCAGUUCUGGGCAUUUUAAUGACAGUUGUCAGCAUAUCAUUUGUGUUUUUCAGGAGGUGGAAGAAGGUGAAAGAAGAAAGAGAAGAAAGAACAAACUUAAGUUCCAUCAAUGACGACCUUGAAAGAGGAGCAGGACCGAGAAGGUUUUCUUAUGGUGAUCUUGUUGUAGCUACCAACAACUUCUCAAACCAGAGAAAGUUGGGUGAAGGAGGAUUUGGUGCCGUUUACAAAGGCUAUCUUAGUGAUAUAGAUACGGCAGUUGCAGUGAAGAAAAUCGCAAGGGGCUCAAGACAAGGGAAAAAGGAGUACAUUACUGAAGUGACGAUCAUUUGUCGGUUGAGACACCGUAAUCUGGUGCAACUCAUUGGUUGGUGCCAUGAUGGAGGCAAUUUCUUACUUGUCUAUGAGCUCAUGUCAAAUGGUAGCCUUGACUCUUACCUUUUUGGCAAGAAAGCUCCUCUCACGUGGCCUUUGAGGUACAAAAUAGCUUAUGGCUUGGCCUCUGCAGUGCUCUAUUUGCACGAAGAGUGGGAGCAAUGCGUGGUGCAUCGUGACAUCAAAUCGAGCAAUAUAAUGCUAGAUUCUGGUUUCAACGUCAAACUUGGUGACUUUGGAUUGGCACGGCUUAUGGACCAUGAGCUAGGUCCUCUGACAACAGGGCUGGCGGGGACAUUAGGUUAUAUGGCCCCGGAAUACAUAAGGACAGGCAGAGCAAGUAAAGCCUCGGAUGUAUAUAGUUUCGGUGUGGUUGCCUUAGAAAUUGCCACGGAGAGAAGGUCAGUGGAUCCAAAGAAAAAAAUUUCACAUGUUAGUUUGGUAGAAUGGGUUUGGCAUCUUUAUGGAAGUGGAAACCUUCUUUCGGCUGUUGAUGAAAGGCUGCAUACGGAGUUUGAUGGAAAACAAAUAGAGCGUUUGAUGAUGGUUGGACUAUGGUGUGCUCAUCCUGAUAGCAAUCUGAGACCUUCAAUCAGGCAGGCAAUUCAGGUUCUUGAUUUUGAUGUGGCACUGCCAAAUCUGCCGUUAAACAUGCCUAUUCCUACGUAUCAUGAACCUGUGGCAACAGCAUCAAGCAGUUCUAAUGAACCUUUUUUAACUAAUUCGAGCCUUGAAGUGGGUCGUUAA